AGCUGUUGAGAUCUGAAUCACUAUCGUGAAGAACGGCAAUCCCAGACCUCUAGAAACUCCCACCAAUCUCCCAUCUUUCUCCUCGUAUCCCUCUGACCCUCACAUUCAUUAACCGUUCGCCAACAUGGCGCCCUCCCUCUCCCAGAACCGCGCGCUCAAAAUUGUCACCCACGCCGCGCAGAACAAAUACGCCGUCCCCGCCAUCUGCUGCUACAAUAUCGAAUCAGUAAUUGCAAGCGUAAAAGCCGCGGAAGCCAAAAACUCCCCCGUCCUCAUCCAGCUCUUCCCCUGGGCGAUUCACUUCGCGGGCGGCAUCCUCGUGCACGCCGCCAAAGAGGCCGCCGACAACGCCAGCGUCCCAGUAGCAGUGCACAUGGACCAUGCGCAGACGCCCGAAAUCGUGCGGAAAGCUGCGGACCUGGGCGGCUUUGAUGGGAUAAUGGUAGACAUGAGCCAUUAUGAGAAGGAGGAGAAUUUCCGGUUAACGAAGGAGCUUGUCAAAUAUUGUAAUGAGCGGGGCAUUAUUACGGAAGCGGAGCCUGGUCGAAUCGACGGUGGGGAAGAUGGCGUAGGGGACGUCUCAGCGCUGGGCCUGGAAGCUAUUCUCACGACACCUGAACAAGCCGAGGAGUUUGUCUCGCUGGGGAUAAACUGGCUUGCGCCUGCUUUCGGCAACGUGCACGGGAAAUACGGACCGAAGGGCCCACAGCUCGACUACGAGAGGUUGAAGAGGGUGUACGCGAAGGUGGGCGAUAGAGUGGAUCUUGUGCUGCACGGCGCUGGGACGGAGUGGUUCAGUGAUGAGAAGAUGCUGCGGAGUGUUAUUGAAUGUGGGGUUGCGAAAAUUAACCUGAAUGAUGCGGUGAAUAAUGAGUUUACAAGGGUUAUGGCCGAGAAGGCACGCUCGGCACCGUUGACAAGUUUACUGGAGGAGGCGACGUUGGAGAUGCAAAAAGCAGUUGAGAGGCAUAUGGAUUGGAUGGGAUCGACGGGAAAGGCGUGGUAGAAAAUUGAUGCCAAAGGAGUGCUGAAGAUGCGAUUUGUGCAUGUUUGAACUCCAGUGCAUAGUGCAAAAUGUGGAUGGUGGGGAUGUGAUGUUAUGGAAGACAUGGUAUAUUCUAAGUGUAUAUAUCUACCACUUC